AAAAUGGAGGAAAUCAAACAUUCUCUUUCCCUCCCUUCUCUCCAAUUUUGUUGAAAGCGCGGUGAACAUCAAAUGUUCCCUCCCACAGCAUAUUUUUGACAGCCGUCUUUUUCCAGGCAGAUGUGCGGGGCAGCCAGUGAGCGCGCAGGGAGGAGGCGGAGAGAGGAUGCUUCACUAGUGUUCAGCAUGGCUGUCAAACGCCGCAGCGAUUUGGGAAGAAACGUCUAGCUUCGUGUAAGACUCGGGACGAUGACAAGCACCAUGUCGGCUGCAGUCGUCGUGCUGUUGCUGGUGACGGUGCUCACCAUCCUGUCAAGGUCGCACGCUGACCGUAACGUCUACCCGUCUGCAGGAGUGUUGUUCGUCCACGUCCUGGAAAGAGAAUACUUCAAAGGGGAAUUUCCUCUCUACCCGAAAUCAGGUGAUGCUGCCAGCGACCCCAUCACUUUCAACACCAACCUAAUGGGUUUCCCAGAUCGGCCCGGCUGGCUUCGCUACAUCCAGAGAACUCUUCAUAGUGACGGGGUACUCUACGGAUCCCCCACUGCCGAGCAUGUGGCCAAAGCCACAGUCAUAGAGAUUACUGCCUAUAACCGACGCACUUUUGAGACAGCACGGCACAACUUGGUCAUAAAUGUCAUGGCCACUGAGGAGUUCCCGCUGCCCUACCAGGCCGAGUUUUACAUAAAAAACAUGAACGUUGAGGAGAUGCUGGCAAGUGAGGUGCUGGGGGACUUCUUGGGGGCUGUGAAGAACGUAUGGCAGCCUGAGCGCCUCAACGCCAUCAAUAUCACUUCAGCAUUAGACCGCGGUGGGCGUGUGCCGUUGCCCAUUAAUAACCUCAAGGAAGGCGUGUACGUGAUGGUCGGCGCUGACGUUCCCUUCUCGUCGUGUCUGCGUGAAGUGGAGAACCCUCACAACCAACUGCGCUGCAGUCAAGAGAUGGAGCCUGUCAUCAGCUGUGACAAGAAAUUCAGAGCUCAGUUCCACAUUGACUGGUGUAAAAUCUCCCUGGUGGACAUCAACAAAGUAGCCCCAGUCUACAUCACUCGCCCUGAAGCAGGUCCUGGUAUCCUGGCCGAUUUUGGGGAUUACAAGCCGCCGUCCGAGUACCUGAAAAGCCGGGACUACUUCACCGACUUCAUGGUCACGCUGGCUAUCCCCGCGGUAGUGGCACUCGCUCUCCUCUUCAUUCUGGGCUACAGCAUGUGCUGCCGAAGGGAAGGGGUGCAAAAAAGAAACAUGCAAACAUCAGCCAUUCAGCUGGUGCACCACAGCUCCAUCCAAAAGUCCACCAAAGAGAUGCGCAGCAUGGCCAAGAACCGAGAAAUCUCCUGGCCACUUUCCACGCUGCCCGUCUUCAACCCCGUCAGCGGCGAGGUGGUGCCGCCCAUCCAUCCCGACAACUACGAGACCACCAGCAUGCCGCUCAUGCAGGCGCAGACGAACCUGCACAACCAGAUCACUAUCCCGCAACAGCAGCCAUCAGGAGAUAACUAUGUCAUGUCCACAUUUAGAAGGUUGGAGGUAAAUGGUAUUCCUGAAGAGAGAAAAGUGGCCGAAGCACUGAAUUUGUAAUCUAAUUUGAUGAAAAUUCCUUCUUGUGUUCAUGCUUACAAAGUGUCUUAAAGGGAACUUUUGAAUAUCAUGUGCUAUGGUUGCUGAACGUAUUGCAUAGUUUCACUUUCAUUGCACAGGGAAAAGAGCAUUUAUCAUUAAAUGUUCACAUAUAACAA